AUGCAGAUCAUUGAAGAAGCUGUUCUGUCAGACCUACUUCGUUUAACAUGUUGGCAGAGGGAUUUUCGCUACCUGUGUCAUCUGGAUGUGUUCACAGGAGCUGGUCUGAAAGAAAAGCAUGGAUGCACACUGUCUUCAGACGCCGUCUGUGAACCAAUGGAGGGAUUCUUCUGUACGCAGCCUAAAUCAGGAGGCUGCGGCGCAGCACAGAAACACAGGAGCUGUGAACCAGGACAGUACAUCAGCAAGAUGGGAACAGCCUCCGCAGACGCAGACUGCUCCGACUGCAUCAGUGGAACAUUUUCCAACGGAACAACGUCGUCUUGUCUGCCGCACACACAAUGCGAACAUGAAAACCUGCAGCUGAUAAAAGCGGGAACAGCGUCAGCCGAUGCCGAAUGCGGAGAAAUGAAACGAUGAGGACGACUCAGAGUGCAGACAGUGAACAGAGAGCUUUGUGGACUGGUGCCCGCUGAACCAUCUCAUGUUACAUGCAGGAGAAACAAAAGAGCUGGUGGUGGGCUUUCACAGAGCAGACCCACCUCCCUCACACAGGAGGUGACCAUCUGAUGUUUUGUUAGUGAACUCUGAUGGUGUUCCCUUUAACAGUAAACUGGACUGGAUUCACAACAUGGAUUCUCUUUAUAUCAUACAUUUCUCUGUUUUUAACCUGAAUAUACCACAUUUCAUAUAAUCAGUAACUGCGAUACUUAUUCCGGUUAUAUUUUUUACUUUUUAUUAUUUUAUUUUAUUUGCUGAGUUCAUUCUCUAGACAAUCUAGAACUUACUUUAAAGUAGACCGAUAACCAUUUCUUUGUUACUGAUUUAGUGUGUAACUGUUUUUUGCCUCCGUCAUACCCAAAUUCCCCCAUUGCGUGACAAUAAAGGAAU